AAAAGGAAUGCAAGGUUUGGACCAAACUUGGUUUUUCAUUCUUCAUUGAUCCAACAACGAAAGUCAAGGUGGACAAACGCAUGAGAGUGUCAGCAACUCAUUGAGAGGAGGGAACACGGGACGCAUGUUCCAACUCCUUUUGCAGUUAUCCUUGAGCACAAGGCAAAAUGAAGGGCAAAUGUUUGCCCUCAAUUUGACUGUGGAAAGAAAGCUUACUCACAAGAUGAGUCUCAAAAAUUGAAUAGGUGCCAAAACAACAAGAUUGCGCUUGUUAUGUGUUCCACCAACUGAGCAAGUGUCAAAAUCCAUCCCCACCUUACACGGCUCCAAUCUGGAACCAUGCCUGUGAGACCAAGUCCCAAGAGCUUGAAACAGAGCAGCCUCAAUAGUGUGGCCAAUCACCUCGAAAUACUCUGUUACGGCUUUGCAAAGGGCACCAAGGGUUUGUCCCAGCUCAUUGAUUCGGAUGGAAUCAAGAAAUGCCCGAGUCCAUUCCACGAUUGGCCCGGCAGUUUGCUUGAGGAUCUCAGCAAUACAAUCUACAGUCGUCGGGCUGGGCUGGCCCAUCUUCUUUAUCCCGUGAUUCAGCCCCAAAUGAGACACUACGAUAUUCAGAUUCAUGGCAGCAUCUACGUAGCCAUGGACUUGGUUUCCAAGCGAUGUAAGGACCUGAUAUCCUUGAACUUCGCGUUCAGUGUCAACUUGCCGCCCAUGUACUACACAGAGUUCUUUAAACAUUUUCGCCAUCUCACCAAGCUGAACUUGUUUGGUUCAAUGGUGGAUGAUAUCGCGUUUGGGUCCAUUGGGAACAAUUGCAUCAAUCUUUUGGAACUUAAUGCAGGAAAAACAUGGAUAACCAAUUACGGAUUGAAAAAGUUGACCUAUGCAGAAGACGGAAUGACAGUUUUAUGCCCAAAGAUGAGACAUUUGGUUGUGACUGAGACGCGAGUAACGACGGAAGGCUUAUCCGAAUUUCUACUCACACAUCCAGAUAUGAUUAAGCUUGAACAUGAAGAAUCACUUCACUUAGUGGGGCGAUUUUGGAUGAAAAGCACGCCUUCAAAAUUGAUACAAUUGUGUUCCACGGGUCAACGCGUUUCACCGUGUGAAUUUGAACACGCCAUGGCUUAUUGUCCGAAUUUGACCACCCUCAGUAUCACGAGUGCCGGAUUGGGAAAUGAGCACAUCUAUCUUCUCAUGAACAUGAACAAUCUCACGUCAUUGCACCUAGGCAAUCUCAUGGCGGAGAGCUUCAAUUUUCGAGAAGGAGUGGCUCCCGUCCUCCAAAGUUGCGGCCCGGCCCUACAGAAAUUGGUCUUGGAAAAAUUUACAGAAAUAGAUGUGGGCUUGAUCGGCGAUUUUUGUCCUCAAUUGGCUCAUUUGGCUCUCUCUUCCAUAACCGCAUACACACCAGUUCUAAAUUUGAACGAAAACCACUUCCGAAAACUCCGAAAUAUCGAAUUUUGGAGCCAUCUAGACGCUCACAUUUGCCCAUCUGUGAUAAAACAAUGUAUGAUCAAUUCCACCUUGGAAAGAGCCCUUUUCCAAUGUGUCGGAUCCAUUACGGACACUUUUUUAUUAGAGCUCUUAGACCUAAACCCUCAGCUCAAACUGGAAAAUCUAGUCUUUGACCGAUGUCAUGCCAUCUCUCCGCGACUUCUAUGGCGAUUCCUCCAACUCCCGAAUCAAUUGUCCAUUCUGCGAUGCUGGAAUUGCCGGGGCAUCACCUCGGUGGACAAAGACGAGAUCAAAACCGUGGUUCGAGAGGAAAAUCUGUGCUUGUAUUGGGAAUGGUACCCGUACAUCGAAGAAGACCACGUGAUUCCACAUGACCGACAAGAAUACGAUCACGACGAAGCUGCACAAAACUAAGAUCGAAACCUUGUUACGGUUGUUACCUCUAGC